AUGAGUACCGCUACUUCUCCUACUGCCCCACGCACCCUCUACAUCACACUUCAGUAUCUUCGCCGUGAUGCUAGCGGAAACAAAUAUCAUUGGGGCCUCUAUGCCACAAGUGAUACCCCACCCAGGGGCACAUUGUUCCACGCAACCGAUGCUGGCAGGCAACCUUUAGACCUCUACUAUGAAGAGAGAAAAGUUGAAAACCCAACGAAGUCUAAAUCGAUGACCGUUUGCGUCAAGAUAGGAGAUGUAUCCUCCACAACUGCAAUUCACAGAUGUGUUAGUACGGUUCCUUUGAUGAGUAGAAGUCGGAUACCUGCGGGCGAACGCCAGUGGACAUGUCGUGUAUAUGUCAAGGAAGCCCUCAAUGCUCUACACAACGCACAGUUGCUGAGCCUACCAGCAAGCGUAGGCUCCAUUGAACGUGCUUGUCUUGCAGUUGCAGAUGCAUACUUACCGUAUCGGCUUAGUCGUGAGCGACCCGGCGUUUAUAAUGACUUCUCAUGGUUGAGGAGGGGCAGCACAAGCCGAACAAUUCCAAUGGAAGUCGAUCCGACCCUAUAUUAUCCAUCUGAAAUGGAAGUCGACUCAAGUGGGCGCUAUAGAUCGACUCGAUCGUAUGGAUCGCUCAUGGACGUCGAUUCAAGUGGACGCUAUGCAUCUUCUCAGUCAUAUGGAUUUUAG